AGUCGGGGGUGUUUUCAGAGAGCUGCGAGGUUCGAGUGUUUGUGUGGCGCAACGCUAAAGUUUCGAUCCUACCUGUGAGGGCGAUGGUAUAAAAGGGAAAAAUUGAAAAACGUCGCUCAUUACUCGUAUCGGCACUCGUCGUAUUAGUAUCAUGGCACCCAAAGCAUCAGGAUCGAAAGGAGCUAAGAAGGCCGCCACCAAGGCAAAGGCCAACCGUGGGACUGACAAGAAAAGGAGGAGGAAGAGGAGGGAAUCCUACAGCAUCUACAUCUACAAAGUGUUGAAACAGGUGCACCCCGACACCGGUGUGUCCAGCAAGGCCAUGUCCAUCAUGAACAGCUUUGUCAACGACAUCUUUGAGAGAAUCGCCGCUGAGGCUUCCCGUCUCGCUCACUACAACAAGAGGUCCACCAUCACCAGUCGGGAGAUCCAGACCGCUGUCCGUCUCCUUCUGCCCGGUGAAUUGGCCAAGCACGCUGUCAGUGAGGGAACCAAAGCUGUCACCAAGUACACCAGCUCCAAGUAAACUCCUGAAAAGUUUACUACUACAAACACAAACGGCCCUUUUCAGGGCCACCCAAACUCCUCAAAAAGUCCCAAUGAACACUCGAAAAAACGCAAUUACUUAGUUCUUAGUUUUGUGUUAUGUUUCAAUUCAUCAUAAGUUAAAAGGGUAUGAAUUAGUUAAGUAUGUGUGUGUAAAAUAAACGAAUAUAUGUGUGAUAUGAGUUGUGUGUUGUAAUGUAUAUUGUGUGUAUACAUGUAUGUAUCAAUCAAAGCAUAAUGCAUAAACAUACGGAAAUGAAACAUGUCUUGAUCAUGAUUUUAAUUGAGUGGAUAAAACUGUAGUUGGACAAUAUCUAUUGAUAAAUGGAAAUGUACUGCAAACGUGUGUGGAGUUUACUGGUGUUACUUGUCCGUGUGUAUUGCGAUGACCAAUGUAAUGUAAUGUUAUUGUAUAUUGCGGUACGUAUACGUGUAUCUUUAUGCGUAUGUGUACGAUAUUAAUUUUGUCGAUAUCUAGUCUCCGUGUGGUGGUAGUAGUAGUAGUAGUAGUAGUAGUAGUAGUAUAAGAU